UAAGACUAAAAAAUGCGCUAGGAACCUGAACGAACCGGUUGAUCCUGAUGUAUUUUGGACAAUUAACCGUGGAUUGGCCAAAGAACCAGACCCGAAUCACUAACAACAACAGACCGGACUAAACGAAUCUAAUACGCAUUGUUAAAUUGGCAGAAAGCUGUGGAGGAAUUUCAAGAAGACCCUCAAAGUGGAAGUGAUCAGAGCCAGAAGAAGCACAAAAAUGAUCAGAGUAAAGAGACGAUGAACAAGGAGAGCUCACAAAAUGAAGAAGAACCAAAAGAAAAGUACAUUCAUAUGAGGGCAAGAAGAGGUCAAGCCACUAACAGUCACAGUCUUGCAGAGAGGGUUAGGAGAGAAAAGAUCAGUGAAAGGAUGAGAUUGCUUCAAGAGCUUGUUCCCGGAUGCAACAAGAUCACCGGAAAAGCGUUUAUGCUUGAUGAAAUCAUCAACUAUAUUCAGUCAUUGCAACAGCAAGUUGAGUUUUUGUCUAUGAAACUUGCGACGGUGAAUCCAGAUAUCAACAUUGAUAUAGACAGGAUUCUCGCCAAAGAUCUUCUGCAAUCAAGAAACAGAAACAUUCCUACACUCAAGCUGAAUAGUUCGAUAGUUUUUUUCCUAUAAGAGUUUAAUGUGUCAUUAAACUUGCCAAAAAAUCUGUAUUCAAAAGAAUUCUCCUAUACCCUUUUCCUAUAUUUUCAGUCUGAAAACAAAAAUCCCAUCUCUUCUUCGGUGAGCUUCUCAAUAGAAGAACAGUAGUCAUCGACCCUGUAAAAGAAACAUCUCAUUCAUCAAAUUAAUUGUCAUAUCAACUGUUGGCAGAA